CCCCCAGGGAGCUCUGCGGGAGGCGUUUCCGGCCGCUCUGACCUUCCCCGGCGCUCCAUGGGGAGAGGGAAAGUCCGCAAGAGAGCGACACCCUAGCGCGCGUGCGUCCUGCUUGCUGGGGAGUCUUCUAGAUUCGAGGGCCUGACAAAAGGAGUGCGCUUGCGCGCUGGGCAUUCGCGCUUGCCUGGUAGUCCUGCCACUCGGGGCUGAGUGCGCCUGCGCUCUGAGGGUUCCAUUCUUACCCAGCCCCAGCAGCGGUAGCCUUGGGGUGGAGGAGCAGCAGCAGCAGCAGCCAUGCACUGCAGUAGGUGCCGUGGGAAUUAAGCGGGAUCUGCUGCUCCCAUUCUACCGCAUGCACCCUCUGUAACGUCCAUGAGGCCAGUUUUCCUUGCACCCUCCCCCCAUCUGCCUUUCCAGCAGCUCCAGAAUGGACUGCUGAACUAGGAAAUAUUCCAGACCCAAUAGUACAGCAUUGCUGCACCACUCGCAGCUUUAUCUAUUACUAGUUAUUUAAAUUGGACUUUUAAUAUCCUGCCAGCUGCUCUUCAGACACACAUGGUGCAUUGUUGCCAUUCCCAGAAUUGCAUCUUUGAAACCCAGGCCCUCAGUAACCUUCAUCGAACAAAGAGGCGACCUACAGGAUACAUUUAUAGUGAGGUUUCUCAGACCUACUGCCCUCUAGCUUUAUUUUCGCCGGUGCUGUAUUUCUAGCACACCAUGGAGCCCAGUAUGGAGUAUUGCUUAGCGCAGGUGCUUCAGAAAGACGUUGGAAAGAGACUUCAGGUUGGCCAAGAGUUGAUAGAUUAUUUCUCAGAUAAACAGAAGUCUGCUGAUCUUGAACAUGAUCAGACUAUGCUGGAUAAAAUGGUUGAUGGACUUGCCACCUCUUGGGUAAAUUCCAGCAAUUACAAGGUGGUUCUGCUGGGGAUGGACAUCCUGUCUGCGCUAGUGUCAAGGUUACAGGAUCGCUUUAAAGCUCAGAUAGGCACAGUGUUGCCCAGUUUACUUGACAGGCUGGGAGAUGCUAAAGACUCGGUGCGGGAGCAGGAUCAGGCUCUGCUGCUAAAAAUUAUGGAACAAGCUACUAAUCCUCAGUACGUGUGGGACAGACUGUUGGGAGGAUUCAAACACAAGAAUUUCCGGACGAGAGAAGGGAUUUGCCUCUGCCUUAUUGCAACCCUCAACGUAUCCGGAGCUCAGAGUUUAACACUGAGUAAGAUUGUGCCACAUAUAUGUAACUUACUUGGAGAUCCAAACAGCCAGGUUCGAGAUGCAGCAAUAAACAGCCUAGUGGAAAUUUACAGACAUGUAGGUGAACGUGUAAGGGCAGAUCUCAGUAAAAAAGGAUUACCACAGUCUCGGUUGAAUGUAAUUUUUACAAAAUUUGAUGAGGUCCAAAAAUCUGGAAACAUGAUCCAGGGUGCAGGUGAUAAAAAUUUUGAUGAUGAAGACUCUGUGGAUGGGAACAGACCUUCCUCAGCCAGCUCCUCUACAUCUUCAAAGGCCCCUCCAAACUCCCGCAGAGUUGGCAUGGGGACUGCUCGCAGACUUGGGUCUGCAGCUCUGGGCUCAAAGUCCACAGCCAAAGAGGGAGCUGGUGCUGUUGAUGAGGAGGAUUUUAUUAAAGCAUUUGAUGACGUCCCAACAGUUCAGAUUUAUUCCAGCCGAGACCUCGAAGAAUCCAUAAACAAAAUUAGGGAAAUCCUAUCGGAUGAUAAGCAUGACUGGGAGCAGAGAGUAUCUGCACUGAAAAAGAUCCGAUCCUUACUAUUAGCUGGAGCUGCCGAGCAUGAUAACUUCUUUCAACACUUACGCCUGCUGGAUGGAGCAUUUAAAUUAUCUGCUAAAGAUCUGCGGUCUCAGGUAGUGCGAGAGGCGUGUAUCACGUUGGGACAUUUGUCUUUAGUUUUGGGAAACAAGUUUGACCAUGGGGCAGAAGCCAUCAUGCCAACCGUCUUUAAUCUGAUUCCUAACAGUGCCAAAGUAAUGUCCACUUCUGGUGUCGUAGCUGUUAGAUUAAUCAUCCGACAUACGCACAUCCCUCGACUAAUACCCAUCAUAACCAGUAACUGUACCUCCAAGUCUGUUGCAGUUAGAAGGCGCUGCUUUGAAUUUUUAGACUUGCUGUUACAGGAGUGGCAAACACACUCCCUAGAAAGACACAUCUCAGUAUUAGCGGAAACAAUAAAGAAGGGAAUCCACGAUGCGGACUCUGAAGCAAGGAUAGAGGCAAGAAAAUGUUAUUGGGGCUUCCACAAUCACUUCAGCAGAGAAGCAGAACACUUGUAUCACACGUUGGAAUCCUCCUAUCAGAAAGCCCUGCAGUCUCACUUGAAGAACUCAGAUAGCAUAGUGUCCCUGCCUCAGUCCGAUCGCUCAUCCUCCAGUUCCCAGGAGAGUCUCAACCGUCCAUUGUCUGCCAAAAGAAGUCCUACUGGAAGCACUACAUCCAGAGCCUCUACAGUGAGUACAAAAUCCGUGUCAACCCCAGGAUCUCUGCAGCGGUCUCGCAGUGACAUCGAUGUGAAUGCAGCAGCUAGUGCCAAGUCGAAAGUAACAUCUUCUGGAGCUUCCACCCCCUUCAGUUCUGCGGCAGCCCUGCCCCCAGGCUCAUACGCAUCACUAGAUGGUACUACCACUAAACCUGAGGGUCGGAUCCGUACAAGGAGGCAAAGCUCCGGAAGUGCCACAAGUGUUACCUCAACACCUGCCGAUACCCGAGGCCGCAGCCGUGCUAAAGUAGUUUCACAGUCCCAGCGAUCCAGAUCAGCUAAUCCUGCUGGUGCUGGCAGCCGGUCUAGUUCCCCUGGCAAGCUGUUGGGAAGUGCAUACGGUGGACUGACCAGUGGAACAGCCAGAGUCCCACCAGUGCCAUCAUCCUCAGAGAAACGCAGCAAGAUCCCUCGAAGUCAGGGAUGCAGCCGAGAGACAAGCCCCAACAGAAUAGGACUAGCACGGAGCAGCCGUAUCCCCCGACCCAGCAUGAGUCAGGGGUGCAGCCGCGAUACCAGCCGUGAGAGCAGUCGAGAUACAAGCCCUGCUCGGGGCUUCCCUCCACUUGCUUCUCGACGUCAUUCCAGGUCCACUAGUGCUCUCUCCACUGCUGAUUCUGUUGGGCAGUCAGACCGGUUUGGACUUGGACAGCCAGGCAGGAUGCCUGCUUCUGUGAAUGCCAUGCGAGUCCUGAGCUCAAGCACAGAUCUGGAGGCUGCUGUGGCUGAUGCACUGCUGUUAGGAGACUCCAGGAGCAAGAAAAAGCCAGUGAGAAGAAGAUAUGAGCCGUAUGGGAUGUAUUCUGAUGAUGAUGCGAAUAGUGACGCAUCGAGUGCUUGCUCCGAACGCUCAUAUGGUUCUAGGAAUGGAGGCAUUCCACACUACCUACGACAGACUGAAGAUGUGGCUGAAGUCCUAAACCACUGUGCCAGUUCCAACUGGUCGGAGAGAAAAGAAGGGCUCAUAGGCCUUCAGAAUUUAUUGAAGAGCCAGAGGACACUGAGCCGAGUCGAGUUAAAACGGCUGUGUGAGAUCUUUACGCGCAUGUUUGCUGACCCUCACAGCAAGAGAGUUUUCAGCAUGUUUCUAGAAACCCUGGUAGAUUUCAUCAUCAUCCAUAAGGACGACUUGCAAGAUUGGCUCUUUGUUCUCCUGACACAAUUACUUAAGAAAAUGGGAGCAGACUUGCUAGGAUCUGUGCAGGCAAAAGUUCAGAAAGCUCUGGAUGUAACAAGGGAUUCUUUUCCAUUUGAUCAGCAGUUUAAUAUUUUGAUGAGAUUUAUUGUAGAUCAGACCCAAACACCAAACCUCAAGGUAAAAGUUGCAAUUCUGAAGUACAUUGAGUCCCUGGCAAGACAGAUGGACCCAACAGACUUUGUGAACUCCAGUGAGACCAGACUUGCUGUAUCUAGAAUCAUAACUUGGACAACAGAACCAAAGAGCUCAGAUGUAAGAAAGACCAUGCAUAGUUGGGUAGGUGAGGAUUUGCCAGCUAGAUCAACUACAGCCUCCUCAGGGCCUGGUGAAGGAAACUUGGAAGAGAAAUGUAAACAGGCAGCACAAAUAGUCCUGAUUUCACUGUUUGAACUGAACACUCCUGAGUUUACCAUGUUACUUGGUGCCUUGCCAAAAACAUUCCAAGACGGUGCUACCAAGCUCCUACACAACCAUCUCAAGAACUCCAGUAACACUAGUGUGGGUUCUCCUAGCAAUACUAUUGGUCGGACACCUUCACGGCAUUCUAGCAGCAGGACCAGCCCCUUAACUUCCCCUACCAACUGUUCCCAUGGUGGACUGUCUCCAAGUCGUUUCUGGGGUUGGAGUGCAGAUGGGCUGUCGAAGCACCCCCCUCCCCUUUCUCAGCCUAACUCCAUCCCCACUGCUCCUUCCCACAAGACUUUCAGACGCUCUUACUCGCCCAGCAUGCUGGAUUUUGACACGGAGAACCUAAAUUCCGAUGAAAUCUACAGCUCUCUUCGUGGAGUCACAGAGGCAAUUGAAAAAUUUAGUUUCCGUAGUCAAGAGGAUCUGAAUGAACCAAUCAAGCGUGAUGGGAAGAAAGACUGUGACGUGUCUCGAGAUGGUGGAACAGCUGCACCUGCCAGCGAUGUACGGGGAAGCAGUGAUGUCAUGGAAGGAGGAAGGAUGGCUCUAGAUAACAAAACCUCUCUACUUAAUACUCAGCCUCCACGCGCCUUUUCAGGGCCUCGAGCCCGAGAUUACAACCCCUACCCUUAUUCGGACACAAUCAACACCUACGAUAAGACUGCCUUAAAAGAGGCCGUGUUUGAUGAUGAUAUGGAUCAACUUCGGGAUGAAGUAUCCAUUGAUCAUUCCGAUUUGGUGGCUGAUCUUCUGAAAGAACUGUCCAACCACAAUGAACGGGUGGAAGAACGGAAAGGAGCCCUGCUUGAGCUACUGAAGAUCACGCGAGAAGAUAACCUGGGAGUUUGGGAGGAACAUUUCAAAACCAUUUUGCUCUUGCUGCUAGAAACCCUUGGAGACAAAGAUCAUUCAAUAAGAGCCCUGGCAUUAAGAGUAUUGCGGGAGAUCUUAAGAAAUCAGCCAGCAAGGUUUAAAAACUACGCAGAGCUAACCAUCAUGAAAACACUGGAAGCACAUAAGGAUUCCCACAAAGAGGUUGUCAGAGCUGCUGAGGAAGCUGCUUCUACCCUGGCCAGUUCCAUACACCCUGAACAGUGCAUCAAAGUGCUCUGCCCCAUCAUUCAAACUGCUGACUACCCCAUUAAUCUAGCUGCCAUCAAAAUGCAGACAAAAGUCAUUGAAAGGAUUUCAAAAGAAUCUUUACAUCAGCUCCUUCCUGAUAUCAUCCCUGGAUUGUUACAGGGCUACGAUAAUACAGAGAGCAGCGUUCGCAAAGCCAGUGUAUUUUGCCUAGUGGCAAUUUAUUCAGUAAUUGGAGAAGAACUGAAACCUCAUCUCGCACAGCUCACAGGAAGCAAGAUGAAGCUACUAAACUUGUACAUAAAGAGGGCCCAGACCACCAAUAGUAACAGCAGCUCAUCUUCAGAUGUCUCAACGCACAGUUAAUGGAGAUAUCUGGACAUGUGUGUAGACUUAGAAGCAAUCAGCGGUGCCUCUCAGAGACCUUUCUGCUACCCUUUCUUCAUUGGCACAUCCCAUCAGCUAAAGGAGGCCAUGCAGAUAUUUAUUGCAAUCAGUAUUUUAGUCCUUUAAAGCUUUUAUGUAGAUUCUUAUUGGUACUGAAUGUAAAGGAAGCAAGGCCUGUGUUGCAGUCCCCAUUUAAGAAAAAACAACCGUAGAAAGCCAUACUUAAACAUAUUGGUAUAGCCAGCUGAAAUCUUUACCAUAUGUUUAGGUUGCAGUGUUUCAAAACUGAGUUCAAAUUACAUGUUCAUGCUUAAAAGUGAAAUGAAUCCUUUUUUAGGUUAAUUUGACACAAAGUUUUGGUUUUUAAUGUGUUUAUUACCUGCUGUAUAAACAAUUUUUCCUCUGGGUGUAACCAUUUUGGCUAGACUCUUCACCUCACAAGUGCUGUGGUGUAUCCCCAUUUUAUAACUCUGAUCUGAAACUCACCUAAACUGCAAGGUCUUGAUGAUGAAAUCUUUGCAAAUAUUGCCAUGCUUCUGGCUUUUAACGCUUUAAGACAGAUAGGUAACUUUAAUGAGUAAUAAAAAAAAAUCCAAGUUUUAUAGAUAAAGCUCCAGGUUUCCAUAUGGGCUAAGCAUUUCUCUAUAGCUUUUCCCCACCCGCCAGUAUUGUCUAACAAGAGCAGCCUGGGUCUCCCGACUUUAACUAACAGUGUUAACAUCAGCCCUGCCUUCCACCUUCUUCCAUUGCUCAGAAGAGCCUGGGGGUUAAUUUUAAAGGCAGGAUAGUGGGUUUGUCAUCAGGACUGCACAGUGGAGACUUGCUAAAGUCUGUGAAACUAGCCGAGAAAUCUUUAUUUUUGAUGAAGUCUGUUCUGAAAGGAUCUGAUCUACAACUCUGGUUUGACAACUCUGGUGAUGGAUGAUGAAUAGCCGUAAUUACCAUGGGCCAUUCCCCUCCACACUUCUGAGCCUCAUUUGGCUCAGGAAAUGUAAAGGAGAAGUCUUAACCGGACAAAAUAUUCCUGUAAAUUUAAACUUGCAGCUAUGGGGCUUGGCCCUAGUAUUUAAUAAGACAACGCCCCGCUCUCCUCACACCCGCACAUGACCUUGUGCCUAAAAAGCCUGCAAUGUAGUUAACCAGCAUUUUAACCUCUUCCUUGCCGACAGAACCAGAGUACAAUCCUGCAAGGCACUUAGCACCUCUGGAUAGGUGUUGAGGUGCCAGCCUCAGCUGGCAUUGGCUUCAGUGGAGAUGGGGUUGCUCAGCCCAUCCAGGAUCGGGCCCCUGUAAUAGGCAAGGCUGGGGGAAUUCUUUAAUGGACUGAUCAGCAAGGGGAAAACCAAGCCCCAGACCAAUAUACCACAUCAGCGUUCUUUACUUGAGUCCCUGAUGUUUGCAUGUUGGCCAUGCAGAGGGGCCCUCCCAGGCUCUGCACAUCCCCUGCAGAGCAUCAUGGCAUCCACAUAGACACCCACCCAAGCAAGGCUAAUGCCAUGUUGACUCAAUGCCCCCUAUCAGUUUGUUGAAAGACCUGAUCCUGAGAGGUACUGAGUGGCCUUCAGCUCUCACUGAAAUCAAUAACAGUUAAGGCUGCCUCGGGACCCAGCAGAAUUGGGCCCCAAAGCAGCAGAUUUUUCAGCCUCUUUCUUCCCUUGUGUGACAAAGUGGAAGGGAUGAUCCGGCUCCUGGAUUUUUCAGGAUGGCCCGAUCCUACUUUGGCUGCAGGAUCAGGCCAUUUGUCUGGUGCUCUUCCUGCAUGUAACGCCAUCAUAAGAUCAUAAGGAUCUUUACUAGCCUGUAUUGUGGUGUUUCCCCAAAGACUCACUGCAGGCUCGAAAAUGCCUUCAUUGGAGGGAGGCUGUUAUAACCUGUGCUAGCCAUUAAAAUCCAGUUUCCCUUUGCGUGGACCAUUCACUUUCACCCCUUCUCGAGACGCUUGCUAGAGGUUUUCUUCUUUUUUAAAUUCUUGUUGUGGAUGAUUUGAAUUAUUUUAGUUUAACGUGAAUUAAUUUUCCCUUUUGAGGAAAUAUUCAAUCAGUAUGUUGGCAGCAAUGAGCUGUCACGUUUGAAUUUUUAGGGAGUUUUAUUUUUAAACUGCUUUCCUAACGGUCAGUAUUUUAAAAGUCUCUUUUCCCAUCUCAGUUCAGUGUCUUCUGGGGUCCAAACCCCAGAAGUGGAAUGCAAUGUCUGGGUAAUUGACUGUGUUGCAUGCUUAGUCUUUCAACUGUCUGACAGAUCUUGUUCCAUCCCGGUUUGCUUUUUGUUUGUUUGAAUGGCACACUGUAGCGGAUCUAUGUGAAUUGAAUUCCUUCUGAAAUGAUUUUAUAUAUUUUAUAAGAUACUGUUAGUAUGCACUGAGUGAAUGCACUGUAACCUCCAUAAACUGACCUACCACAUAUGCUGACACUACAGUACGAAUCAACUCAUCUCUUAGAAAUACAUGUGAAAUACAUUGCUGGUCCUGCUGCUUUGAGACUUCAGUGAUGAGCUUGUAUUUCCAGAUGUUAUUAGCAUAAUUGGGGGCUGCUAAUCACAGAACCAGGCCUUACUUUCUUAAUCAGAUACUGUUUUGUUUAUCAACAGAUGCUCAUUAAUGUGAUACUUUGUUUCAUUACACAAGUCAAUCAAAGACUGUUCAUCCUUUGAGCACUCUAGAUGUCUGUUACACCCAUAUACAGUAGGAGGUAUUCUGCUUAGAUUAUUUAUAAAUUCGUUUGCGUAUAAUGUACAUAGUAAGUUUGGUUUAGAGUUUUGAACAUGACCUGGUUUUUCCUUUGAAAUACUCAAAGGGCUAGCUGUGAAUGUCACUUGUAUGAUCUCCAGUGUUCUGCAUUCUAAAAGCUGUUCAAUCAUAUUUUCUUUCGCAAGCGUAAAGGUCUCUCUGGCUACGAAUCUGACAGUUUCCGGGCCCAUUUGCAGAGAAGGAUCUGCAUGUUGGCAAAACAUCACUGCAACACUGAGGCAGGUGUUAAUGUUUUCCCAGCAGUAGCCACCUACAACAGCUGCCUUUUUCUUGCUGCCCAUUAUACGGGGAUUCAAUUUUUGGUAUCUUACAAGAAAAAGGUUUCUUUGAUUUGCCCACCAUGCUUAUAAAGUCUGACUGUGAGGAACUGUGAAAAGACCAGCGCCCUUUGGCUGUGGGGUUGCUUUAAUCUCAGACAAGGAUGGCCAUUCUAUCAUUGGUUGUACCAGUGCUCCGUGGGCAUGAGCAAAUCAAUUAAUACAUCCCCCUCACAGUUUUAAGUACUGUAGUUCUCUCAUGUAGUGCAGAAUUAUUGAGGCAUGUGGCUUUCUUAAGGUACACUAUGUGUGCUUGCCUGGAUUACAAUACAAGACAAGACUUCUUUUCUAUUGCUUAUUACUAGCUUACCAAUAACCUGUAUAAGUAACGUAACUCGCAUCUUUGUCAUCUAAAUCUUUUCCCCCUCCUCAUCCCUUUAUUUAUCAAGCAUAAUAUGACAUAUUAAGGGACAGAAAAUAAAACUCUGUAGAAUACAGCAGGACUUUGCUAACAAUAAUGUUUUAAAUGGGAAGUAAAAACUGCUCUGAAAAAUGUCAGCCAUAAGAAAUGAUUUUGUUGGCACAGUGUUCAUGCGCAUGUAUUUUUUUUUCUUUUUUUCCUUCUUUUUUUGGCUUUUGUCAUGUUACAUCCAUAUCUGUAUUUAUAUCUUCUUUGUUUAACUUUUGAGUGUAUCAUGGCAAAUGUACAGAUGUUUUUUGUUAACACUUAUGUGAUAGAAUUUGCUAAAAAAAAUAAAAAUAAAACCUUUUGAGUUUGCCCUAGAAUAAA